CACGUGAAACUUUCCCGAGGAGUUGGUUGGUAUGUUUGCUGUGUGCUGCGCGGCGCUCCGUUAACUCGGCACACAACCGACACCGAGUGGACCAGCGCGCUGCCGCCUAUUUUUAGAAGUCUGCCUUAAUGGGGGGAAACGAAGCGGCUUGAAGAAAGUGCAGAGGAAUGUCUCGACUGCGCUGAGAUGAACUCGCCAAACACCUCGAAGUGACGGAAUUUUUACAAAAACUAAGAAAAAGUUAUAGAAGAACGGCGCUUUGCCUCGCUUCACCUCUUCCCCCAACUUGUGAACAAAACGCUGUGGCCACUGGAGAAGUCGCCGUGCUGCGCAAUGGCUGCCCAGUGCGACACUCUGAGCGGAUACUUGCAGCAGUCGGACCAGGGCUCCAACAGCGAGCGCAGCACCGAUUCUCCUCUCCCGGGAUCAGAGGAGGAUCUGAGCGGCCCCCAUCCCCUGCCAGACCCGGAGUGGACGGAGGAGAGGUUUCGGGUGGACCGCAAGAAGCUGGAAGUCAUGUUAUUAGCUGCCUCCGAGGGGAGAGUCAAUGGCGGGGAGGAUUUCUUUCAGAAGAUCAUGGAUGAGACCCAAACACAGAUAGCCUGGCCCUCCAAACUGAAAAUCGGAGCCAAGUCCAAAAAAGAUCCACAUAUCAAGGUGUGCGGAAAGAGGGAGAAUGUGAGGGAAGCCAAAGACAGAAUUAUGUCCGUCCUCGACACAAAGAGCAACAGGGUGACUCUGAAGAUGGAUGUUUCCCACACAGAGCAUUCGCACGUCAUCGGCAAAGGCGGCAACAACAUCAAGAGGGUGAUGGAGGAGACGGGGUGCCACAUCCAUUUCCCCGACUCCAACAGGAACAACCAGGCAGAGAAAAGCAACCAGGUGUCCAUUGCGGGGCAGCCAGGAGGGGUGGAGGCAGCUCGAGUAAAAAUAAGGGAGCUGCUACCUCUCGUGCUGUCUUUCGAGCUUCCGGCUAUCAUGCAGUCCGACCCCAGCUCCCCGACUGUGCAGCACAUCUCGCAGACCUACAACCUCACGGUCUCCUUCAAGCCUCCAACACGCCUCUACAGGGCCACUGGUGUUGUUCGCGGCUCACAGAAUAACGCCAACGCAGUCAAGAGAGGUACAGCUCUGUUGUUGGAGCACUUGGCUGGUAGUUUGGCGAGCACCAUCUCAGUCACCACCCACCUGGACAUCGCACCACAACACCACCUCUUCAUGAAGGGACGCAAUGGCAGCAACAUCAAGCACAUCACCCAAAGGACGGGAGCUCAGAUCCACUUCCCCGACCCCAACAGCCCCCAGAAGAAAUCCACAGUCUACAUUCAGGGCACCAUUGAAUCCGUCUGUCUGGCACGGCAGUACCUCAUGGGCUGUUUGCCUCUGGUAUUAAUGUUCGACAUUAAAGAGGACAUCGAGGUGGAGCCACAGUGUAUCACAGCACUAAUGGAGCAGCUGGAUGUCUUCAUCAGUAUCAAGCCAAAGCCCAAACAGCCCAGCAAGUCUGUGAUAGUCAAGAGCGUGGAGAGGAAUGCAGUCAACAUGUACGAAGCCCGAAAAUUCCUCCUGGGCCUCGAGAGCAGCGGAGUGUCUUCUUCUUCCUCGCCCUCUGUGGCACUGAAUCCCGCUACUAAUGGUCUGUCCCCAUCCCUCAUCUGCCCCGUUGGCCUGGAUAUCCUGGCCUCAGCUGGCCUGGGGCUGAGUAAUCUGGGUUUCCUGGGUGCGACGGCACCCCACUCCCUCCCCAACUCUGCCGCCCCAAAUGCUGUUCUGAACAGCUUAAACUCCUCCAUGAGCCCCCUGCAGACACCGAGCCCCAGCACUCCCACACCGUCACCCUCCCUCUGGCCCAGUUCGCUCACCAGCACCCAAGGCUUCUCAUCUCAGCUCAUGCUGCAUCCCGCCACUCAGGCCACACUGAGCAGCAUCCUGCUGCAGGGUUACACUCAGUCCACACCGUCGCCUCCGCCGGGCCUCGCGCCCAUCGACAAACAGCCCAACGGGGUUCCUGACUGCACUCUUAAUGGACAUGUCAAGCACCCUGGCUCAGUCUAUGGAAGACUAGCAACAGCGUCGCUUGCAGAAACCGUUUUGAGUCCGGCUCCAUGCGACUCGGUCCAGGAGGCCAGCGGACACAAUCCAUCAGAGCCGCUGUCGAGCAAGUCCAGCCCAGAUGAAGGCUCUGACACAUUCGUAGAAGUGGGCAUGCCCAGAAGCCCCUCUCACUCGGCUAACGGGAGCGAUCUGAAACAGAUGCUGGCUUCAUGCAAAACGUCAUCAGGGAAACGACAGGCCGUGGAGCUCCUGCAGGGCACCAAGAACUCCCAUCUACACUCCGACUGUCUCCUGUCGGACGCCGAGUCCAGCUCGUCAGACAGCCCUGUGGCGGACAAGAGGGCGCCGGGCAGCGAGCGGGCGGCCGAAAGGGCAGCACAGCAGAACGAGAGGGAGAGGAUCAGGCUGGCGCCGCAGACCUCCUUCGCCAACAUGCAGGCUUUUGACUAUGAACAGAAAAAGCUGUUGGCAACCAAAGCUAUGUUGAAGAAGCCUGUGGUGACGGAGGUGCGGACCCCCACCAACACCUGGAGCGGUCUGGGCUUCUCAAAGUCGAUGCCAGCCGAGACCAUCAAGGAGCUGCGGAGAGCCAAUCAUGUUUCAUACAAACCCAGCAUGAGCACCACGUAUGAGGGUUCCCCACUGUCCCUGUCACGAUCCAGCAGCCGGGAAGGCGUCGGGAACGGCAGCGACUCUGACAACUGGCGAGAGAGGAACGGCACUGGUAAUGGUCUGCCAAGCCACGCCGAGUUCCCCUCUGCCGUCAGCAGCCCGAAGAGGAAGCAGAACAAAUCUGCUGCAGAGCAUUACCUCAGCAGCAGCAACUACAUGGAUUCCAUCUCCUCAGUAACUGGCAGCAACGGCUGCAGUCUGAACUCGUCUCUGAAAGGCUCAGACCUGCCAGAGCUCUUCAGCAAGCUGGGAUUGGGGAAGUACACAGACGUCUUCCAGCAACAAGAGAUUGACCUCCAGACAUUCCUGACACUAACAGACCAGGACCUGAAGGAGCUGGGAAUCACUACCUUUGGUGCCCGCAGGAAAAUGCUGCUCGCUAUCUCAGAACUAAACAAGAACCGGAGGAAGCUAUUUGAGCCACCCAUCAGGUCCUCGUUCCUGGAAGGGGGAGCGAGCGGCCGCCUCUCCCGUCAGUUUCACGCCGACAUGGCCAGUGUGAGCGGGCGAUGGUAGGUGCCCUCGGACCAAAUCCCUAAAGCCGUCCAUGAUGGGAGACGAGCCUCCAGCGUCUCUCAGCGAUGCCCAGGUUUCAGCGGUUGUUCACCCUUUCCAACUUCAGCUGAAUUAAGACUGUUCACAAUGUUGCCAUAUAAUAUAAAUAUGUAUAUGUUUAAAAAAGCCAUAGUUUUACAUGAAGUGCCAAUAGUUAUAAAAAGAAUAUCCAUGAGGUUCAGUGUUCACUCCUUAUAGGCCCAUCAAGUCUAUAUGGAGCAUUUCUGUAUGAAGGGUGAUGUUAUGGUUUUGAAAAAAGGGUACUGUCCAGUAUUUCUGUCCACUUUUUUGUUCAAGGGAACAGGCAGAAUGAUUAGUACAAUCAUUUUACCCAUUGAUACUACCUGCAUUUGCAUUAUGCUGUUGUAUCAGUGACAUGCACUUUAAUACUAGAUUUUUGCCUGUGAGAGCCUUAUUCCUUAGAUUGAAAUAAUAAUAACUAUGCAUUUUUUUUUUUUUUUUAUUGACGAAAAGCACAGAUGCAUUUUGUACCAAAACCAAAAGGAAGCACUUAGCCAGUGAGAUUAUGGCGCCAACAAAUGAAGUGCAAAAACAAGUCGGCACACGUCAAGUGGUGACUGGAUCAACUUUAACACAUUAUACCAAAGGAAAGUAUCAUUGUGGCCUUUGACCUUUCAGCUGCCAUCAGUGUUUCGAUUGGUGGACAUUCCUCCGAGGUCAGUGUUCAACAGUAGUUUGUCUGUGUAUUUCUAGACAAAACGAGGAAAAAAAUUGUACUCAUUAUGCAUUAUGAUUUUAUUUUUAGUUUUUAUUACCAUUUUAGGCGAAUGAGUGGAAUGUUUAUUGGUAAUCAGUUUACAUAUGUAUUUUUUAUAUGUUCAUAAAUGAGUUUCUAUGAUUUUUGUAAUUAGUUUACUAGUAUCUUUUACUUUUUUUUCCUGCCCCUUAAUCUGUGGAGCCAUGACAUGGCUGUGCCAUUAGACAGCAGCGGAGACGUGAGGCAGUUAGGUUAAGCUUCAUAGGCCUCUCUCUGAUUGUGUCAACGGGCGUCUUUCUGUGGUUGUGACAACAACAAAAUACGUCAACAACAAACGGUGGCAUUAACAGAGUACAUCCAACCAGAACAUCACAUGCAGUUUCUAUUGCAAACAUAAACAUGCAGGGUUUAAGAUCUGAGUUCAGGCCUUGGGAUUUGGUGCCGUGGGGUUCCACCAUUCGGAGCACUCCAUUUACCAAGCUACCAUUUACAACUCAACUACAUCCCAAAUCUAAGGGAAAAUAUGUUAGAUACACAUAUUUGGUUAGUUUCUUUCAUUAUUCUUUUGUGCCAUCGUGACGAGAUUCACUUCUACGUCAUAGCUACCAGUUGUCAAGUUUUUGUAGCUACCAUGUUUUACUAGUUUGAAUAUGAAUUUGAAUAUGUUUAUCAUUUGUGAUCUUUUGUCUCAUCUGUUGUUUGUCAGUGAGGGCCUCCCUGUGGCCCUUCCAUGUGCCUCAGAUCUCCCAAAACGCUCUUGCAUGUAUCUGGAGCUUGAGAUGCCACAACUGUACGCCAUUUUUUGUCUUCCUAUUAACUGGCUGUUCCAUUCAGAGCAAAGAAAAAACCUCAUAACACAACAAGGCCGUGCCUUUGUAGCGAAAAGUGCCAAUGUACAUAACUACUUUUUCAGCGGGGAGAAGUUUUGUUAAGAACACUAAUAUUUUGCUCUGACCUUACUCUCCAGAUACGAGGUGCAACACACAAAUGAAGUAUGUUCACAGCCAAGUAGGUUUCAUAUGAGCAUUUCUGUGAGACACAAGUAAGGAACCAAAGUCACCAGAAGGACUGUGAGAUUUAAGAUGAAAACAAAAUCUGGAUUUUUCUGCUAUCAGUCAUGCGAUCCAAUAUCCCUAAAACCUGGUUAAGCAGUGUUUAAUAAAGUACCAGGAUUAUGCAUGCCGCAGCAGAAUUUAUCAUCAGAGCUUGUUUGUUCUGCACUCCCAUAUUCUGUUCAGUCAUAUGUUUUAAAAAGGGAAAACAUCCUCAUCCAGCAGUUCAUUAACUUUGGAUAACUCAAGCGUUUUUUUUGUGUGAUAUUCUUAAAAUAUUUCUGAGGAUUUAGACCACAAGCCGAUCCAUCGUCCAAUGUCCUGAGCAUUCUUCCAAGUGCAAUUAAGUGCCUCUUUGUAUUUUUUAUUUCUUUUUUGUGUGUUCAUAUUUGCAGUUCAGUAAAUACUGAGACUUAUCUUGGUUUAAAUGAGAGUACAGUGUAUAAAAUCUAUAAAGUAUGUGGAGGACACUGAGAGAUUCACUGCCAAGUGCGUGAACAUUUAUUUCAGCAAAUUUAAUCAAGACAGAAAAAGAAAGCAGCUCUCACAUAAUCUCAAACAGAGAUCUUAGAUUCACAAUGAUUCCCUUUAACGUGAUUUGUUGUUUGUCACUUUUAACCACUUUUCCAGCCUCCAUCGCAUCUGAUUUGAGCCAUUUUCAAUGUGGUUGUCAAGUUAGUAACACUAAGUAAUAUUCUGACAUGGUUGCUGAAGCCGACCAGGUAUUUUUUUUUUUCUUCCAGUAAGGUCUUAAUGUAAGAGGAAUGAUGCUAAUAUAGAGAAGGAUUCUUUAUUCUGAGAGGAAACCGGGGCCGGUUCGCCCCCACUCAUCAUGGUACUACAUUGAAGCUGUUGAGCACUGAUUCUCCCAGUGCUGUGACUCGUGUUCCUGCCGAGGAGACAUUUGUUUUUUCAUCCUUUGCCUUGUUUGGAAGCAUUUGCUCAGAGGGCAGUAGAGGUUCUUGUCUUAUCAAAGUGAAUGUUGUUUAAAAGAAAUUAUUGAUUCAUGUUAUUGCAGCUUGAUUACGGAUCAGUGAAGGGAUUCACCAAGUCAAAAAGUUUACUGCCAGCUUGUCUAGUCUUUGCCCUUCAUAGAAUAGUUUCACAAUGAUGUCUUUGUUGUAUUGUUCCUAUUGUUGUUCCCAAAGGGAUUUAUUUGAAGGAAUCUUUGUACUGCAAUCAAAUGGUACAUUUAUACUAAAUGUAAACCACUAAGGAAACAAUGUAUUACACAAACUCAUUGUACAACUUUUUCAUCCUGUACGACCUUUAGUUUUUGUGUGAGAAAGGUACAAUUCUGCACAAAGUUCCAGAGAAGAAUUUGUGUAUAAACAUUGUCAUGUGGCCAAAGCUCUGUUCACUGUUGCAUCUUUUGAUGGUAUUGUUAUUCUAACUGUAUUGUGGUACAGAUAUAAACAGAAGACAUUUUGAAGAAACUGUCAAGCAGGCAAAAAAAAUGUUUAAGCAUUCAAAUGGUAUUCUGAAGGUAUUAAAUGUAUGCAAACAAA